AUGAAAGCGUCAAGUCACGUGUUGCUUAGCACAACCGGUAGUUCUCUCGCAUCAUCAUCGCAUUUGCUAGCUACCACAUGGGAAAAUGCACUAAAACAUUUCCGACGCGCCCUGCUUGAGUGCGGUUCUCCAUUAGACAUUGAGCACUCACAACGAAUCGGGCUACUUUUUUCAAAGAAUGUCGGGGACACAAAUGAACUAAAACGUUGGACAUCAAUUUUCGAUGCUGAGAACGUUCCAGCAACAGCGCUCCUUCUCAAGGCACUGGUAAAUCACAGCCAAUGGCAGACAGCCGUGAAACUCCUUGACCUCAACAAGGACAGCGGAGUCGCAUGUGAACUAAGUGAAGCUUUAGGUCAAUGCCUUGUAGCCAGAGGACUUUGGCAGCAGACGCUGCAGUUAGCAGACUUUCUCCGCCAGUGUCGAGCUGACGUUGCGCCGAGAGACAACACUCUUGCACCGGGUUAUACUUCACUACUGAGCAAAAGGGAAGACAACGAUUCCCACCAAAUGGCAUCAAACCCAGCUUUUCUACCGAAAGAGGAAAAGCCAGCGUACUGUGGAUUCGUUUCUGCAGUUGCUCGCGCAUGUCCUUCAAAGCGGGAGUGGAAAGAAGCUGUUAGAAUACUACACAGCCUAGAGCAGCUUGUUGAUCGUGAGACGAAGCAGAAGCUAUACGAAUACAGAAUUGCUCGACUUGUACACGACGGUGAAGCGUACGAAGAUGUAAUUGAAACAAGUCACCGCGAACUGGGAUUUCGCACAUCCCCUUCGCUGGUUCGCUCACUUCUUCACUGCGCCAUAGCAACAAGCGACUACAGUCUUAUAAUGAGCUGUCUAGAGCUGCUGUGCUCGUUCGGUCCUGCUGCAAUAUCCGUAAAGCUUUUCGAAUCGGCUUGUCGACUGCUUGUGUCGUCUGACCAAACUUGGAUGGACAAAGAUCUUGCUCGGUUUGAAUGCGUUGUGUGUGAGAAGGCCGCUCUAGUGAAAGAGAGGGAUCUCCAAAAGCUGAUAUCUGCUUUUUGUGCCGACUACGAUUUGAAAAUACCUACUUUUAUUUCCUCUCUGUCGGUGUUAGUAUCAUCUUCGAAUGCAGUGGAGACUCCCUCAUGGAUGAACAGCAUCACCAAUCUCGACCGACUCGCGAGCACACUCCUUUCUCAGAACCGAUGGGAGGAGGCGUUACAGGCAGCUACCUUAAUCAGAAAUGGUGCUGCGCAGAAUGAUAAUGAGCGUGUUAUAGUCAACAUACUACGCGAAACUUGCUCAUCGUGGGCGAAAACGCUGCAGUUUUUUACACCUUAG